AACAAAUAUGUAUGAAUGAAAAAAAAUGCUGCCAUUUGUUUCUUAGCUUGAUGUUUUUAAAUGUUGUAAUAACACAAAAUAAAUUGUACUGCAUUACGUAAAAUUGUAAAAUAAAUCUUUUAUAAGCCUGCUUAACAAUUUAGCUUAUCCUCAUUAACUAUUAUCGGACUCUGCUUCAACUUCCCUUGUAUGGUUUGCGGGGGGAAGUUUCCAUCCUUCAUCCUUUAUCCCUUCACCAUUGCAUUAAUUCAGCAUUUUUUUUCCUGUUUCUUUUAUUAAUUUCAGUUCUUAUGCAGAUGUUUUUUCCUGUUCUGAUUUGUUUGGUAGUGAGACACUUUUAUUUCCAUUUUAGAGCAAUUGGGUGAAUUUAUUAAUUUCCUUUCCUAAUUGAGAGAAGAGAUUGAGGGUUUUUCCCGAGUUUAAUUGAUAUAUAUUUGAAUGGAAGUGAAGAAAUUGACACCUGCUUAGCAGUGUUGUACCUAGCCGUCCUAGAGUUAAAUGCCUUCUAGUUCACAGGCUUCAUAUGAGAGACAAGAUUUGGGUGAUCAAAGUUCAGAUUCGAAGAGACCUUCAUGAGAUUAAUCGCCUGAGUCUGAGAUAAAUUAAGGUAACUGCAUUUCUGUGGAUUGAUUUCAAGAUCUUUUCAGGUGUAGAUACCCGUUUCUAAAUCACACUAGUUUAUAUCUUUAAAUACUUUGAAGUAAAGAUGGUGGCAAGGUCAUGCUUAAAUUUGCUAGACCUGGUAUCAGGGGAUAUGCUAAAUUUCCCUCAAACUCCCAGAUCUCUUCCGCGAGUUAUGACUGAUCCAGUAAUCGUUUCUCAUGGAGAUGGUAAACAAAGUAAUGAUGAUGAUUCAGGUGUUAAUUCAUCUGAACACCGUCGCAAGAUAAUUAUAGUAUCAAAUUCUCUUCCAGUCAAUGGGAAAAGGGAUAAGGUAUCUGGCAGAUGGUGCUUCAGUUAUGAUGAGGAUUCAAUUUUUUGGCAGUUAAAGGAUGGUCUUUCUCCUGAUGCUGAUGUGGUGUAUGUGGGAUCUCUGAAGGUUGAUGUUGAUGCAAGUGAGCAAGAUAAAGUUUCCCUUCAGUUGAUGGAGGAAUUCAACUGCUUGCCUACUUUUAUUCCUCCAGAACUCUACAAACAAUUCCAUGAUGGAUUCUGCAAGCAACAUUUGUGGCCUCUAUUCCAUUACAUGUUGCCCAUGUAUCCUGGCAAUCGCCGCUUUGACAGGUCACAGUGGCAGGCUUAUGUUUCUGCUAACAAGAUAUUUGCAGAUAAAGUCAUGGAGGUCCUUAAUCCAGAAGAUGAUUAUGUAUGGGUUCAUGAUUAUCAUCUUAUGGUACUUCCCACUUUUCUGCGAAAGCGUUGUAGUCGAGUCAAGCUUGGUUUUUUCCUCCACAGUCCAUUUCCCUCAUCAGAAAUUUAUAAAACUCUGCCUGUCAGAGGUGAAAUUUUGAAAGCACUGCUUAAUGCAGAUUUAGUUGGUUUUCACACCUUUGAUUAUGCUCGCCAUUUUCUCUCCUGCUGUAGGCGAAUGCUAGGCUUGGAACAUGAAUCUAAGAGGGGUUACAUUGGGCUUGAAUACUCUGGUCGCACAGUAUUCAUUAAAAUUUUGCCUGCUGGGAUUCACAUGGGUCGACUUCAAUCUGCCUUAGAGCAUCCUUCCUCUUCUGACAAAGUCAGAGAAAUCCACCAACAAUUUAAGGGAAAAAAACUUAUUCUUGGUGUUGAUGAUAUGGACAUAUUCAAAGGUGUCAGUUUAAAAUUCUUGGCCAUAGAACAACUCCUGCAACAAUAUCCAGAAAUGCAAGGUGAAAUAACACUGAUCCAAAUUUUAAACCCGCCAAAUAGUGCUGACAAAGAUGUUGAGAAUGCAAAGGAGGAGGCUUACAUUACUGCCAAAAAGAUAAACGAAAGGUUUGGUUCGGAAAGUUAUGAACCUAUCAUCAUCAUUGACCGCCAUGUUCCUUUCUAUGAGAAGGCAGCCUAUUAUGCUUUGGCAGAAUGUUGCAUUGUGAAUGCAGUUCGGGAUGGUUUGAAUUUGGUUCCAUACAAGUACACUGUUUGUAGGCAGGGAAGUUCUAAAGUGGAUGAAACCUUAGAAAUUGCUUCUGACUCCCCGCGUGCAAGUGCACUUGUUGUUUCUGAGUUUAUAGGUUGCUCACCAUCUCUUAGUGGAGCAAUAAGGGUAAACCCAUGGGAUAUUGAUGCAGUAGCCGAAGCACUAAAUUUGGCAAUCACAAUGCCCGAUGGAGAGAAGCAACUUCGACAUGAGAAGCACUACAGAUACGUUAGUUCACAUGAUGUGGCCUACUGGGCUCGAAGCUUUGAGCAAGAUCUAGUGUUUUCAUGCAAGGAUCACUAUAGGAACCGUUGCUGGGGCAUUGGCUUUGGUCUCAACUUCAGAAUUUUGUCUCUGUCUCCUAGUUUCAGGAGGCUAUCCAUAGAUCACAUUGUCCCUGCAUAUAAAAGGAGCAGUUGCAGGGCAAUCUUUUUGGAUUAUGAUGGCACAGUUGUACCUCAAGCAUCCAUCGUGAAAGCCCCCAGUCCUGAAGUCAUAUCCGUGCUAAAUAAUCUUUGCAGUGAUGUUAACAACACUGUGUUUAUUGUUAGUGGCAGGGGAAAAACUUCAUUGAGUGAAUGGUUUGAUCAGUGCGAGAAUCUUGGUAUAGCAGCUGAGCAUGGUUAUUUUAUAAGGUGGGGUAAGCAUGCUAGUUGGCAAAUGAGUCAUGCAGAUACAGAUUUUGCAUGGAAAAGGAUUGCGGAACCUGUGAUGAAAUCUUAUAUGGAAGCCACAGAUGGAUCCUCUGUAGAGACCAAAGAGAGUGCCUUGGUAUGGCAUUACAGUGAUGCAGAUCCUGAUUUUGGAUCAUGGCAAGCCAUGGAGCUGUUGGAUCACCUUGAAAAUGUACUUGCAAAUGAACCUGUUGCUGUAAAAAAAGGACAACAUAUUAUAGAAGUCAAGCCUCAGGGCAUUACAAAAGGGUUAGUUGCACAGGAAGUUCUUUCUACCCUAACAAAAAAGGGUAAAUUGCCAGAUUUUGUACUGUGCAUUGGUGAUGAUAGGUCUGAUGAGGAUAUGUUUGAGAGCAUUUUAACCAGAUCUUACAGUGCUACCUCCUCCUCAGCACCAGAAAUCUUUGCAUGCACUGUUGGACAAAAACCAAGCAAAGCUAGAUACUACCUAGAUGACACCAUGGAUGUGAUGUCAUUACUUGAGGGUCUCGGUGCUGCUUCAGUGCCUAAAUCAAGAUAUUCUACAGAAACCCCUUUUGAGAAAAGAGAAGUAUGUUUUGAGAAUAUCCUAUAAAGUAAAGGUACACUUUAGCUGUGUAGACUCCAGCAUAGGAAAAGGAAACAGUUUUGAUUGGUUGUUUUUGGUAUGAUGUACAAAAGCAGGGUUUAAGGGGAAAAAACUUUGAAUCUGACUUUUGAUUAUAGAAAAUGUUGGUAGCAGCUUUAGGUCUCAAAAAAUGAACACAGGGGAUAGAGUGAUUGGUUUUUUUUGAUUGGUAGGUGGGGACAAAUGGGUGUAUCUGUAGCUCUGAAAGGAUACUGAAUAUGUUGAUAGAUACAGAAUCGAGGCAUUCUUCCCAGGAAUUCAUUGGUUGUAUAUUUGAUGGGUUCUUUUAUACAUUAAUGUGACUUUAGUAUUUUUUGGAA